UUCCCCCCCGCGUGGCAUGGAGUCUUCAGACCUCUCCGUGCCUUGCAAGGAUCCACUCGUCUCCUGGCAGUGUCGUAGCAGCCGUGGACUAUACCUGUGACGACAUCCACUUACUGAAGCUGCUCCCUAAUCCUACAUAGCCACCAAGAUGCACACCCCAAAGUCCGUGUUGGUGGCCGUCUGCCUCGUCUGCCUCACGCCCGUGCUCGCCGCAGCUGACGGAGACGCUGAUGGAGAGGUGUUGAAAGCGGAGGCGAGAUACGUUACACAUGACGAGAAAGGUUUCGGCAAGUUGCAAAUCGCUGUGCCGAUAGCUGCUCACGGCGCGGUUAUCGUGGCUGUUGUUGUGUUCUUCCGGGAGCUCGCUCUCGGCAUUGCCGACCGCCUGGACUACGAGUACGAAUAUGAGUACGACUAUGACUACGCGCCGGAGCUCUUCGAGAGGUAUGACGCCCCUCACCAAGGCUAUCAGGGCCGCCCGGCACGCCGCCGCCCAGCCCGCGACACCCAGGCCGGUACGCUAACCCGCCUCACCGACAUCAUCGACCCCGUGGAGGCGACCUUCUCCCUGCUGCAGGUGAACGACAUGUCCUGCAGGCAGCGCGUGGUGUGCGAGGUGCAGCGCUCCGCCUCCGCCGUGCCCCUUAUCGGCUCCUUCCUUCAGCAGCUCAGCACGUCCAUCCCUGGCCUACAGCAUUACCGGGAAGCACAGUUCGCAGGCGCAGCUCUCGAGGACUGCGCCCUGCUCUUCGCUAACUGUCCUGAAGAAUCUUUGGUCGAGAACUGAAGACCGCCACCUUCCUCUCGCGUGUUGAAGAAACUGUUAUGUUGAUUAUUGUUGUUGUAUUGUUGUUUGACGACUAAUGAUGCUAUGUGUGAAUGUGUGGGUUUGUGUUUAUGUGUGUAGACAGAUAGAUAGACAGAAGGGUAUAGAUAGACUGAGGUAGAUAGACAGGAAGACAUACGGGCAGACAGACUGACAGACACUGACACACAGACAAACGGUGAUACGAAAAAAGAAGACAUACAGUGACACAGAAGGGAAACAGGGACUGACAGAGGCAGACAUAUAUGGGCAGUAAAUAGAUGACCAAAACAAACAAUUACGUGGAUAAACAGAAAGACGAGACAAAAAUAAGAAAGGACUAGACGCAGACCCAUGUGCAGACAAACAAACAGACUAACAGACGGACAAACAGACACAGACGAAGGAAGUAAAAUGGACAGACAGGAAGACAGACAGACAGGAAGAUAGACAGACAGGAAGACAGACAGACAGGAAGACAGACAGACGGGGAGACAUAAGAACGCGUACAGACAGAAGAGAUAACUGACAGAAAGAUGGACAGAUAAACAGCCAAGGGAGUAGAGAGAGAGAGAGAGAGAGAGAGAGAGAGAGAGAGAGAGAGAGAGAGAGAGAGAGAGAGAGAGAGAGAGAGAGACUAAUGACAGACAAAUAGACCAGUGUUAAUUAUGAUAUGACCAAAAAGAGACCUACAAAUUUCAUGACCAAAAUGACAUGACGUACUUGCCCAAAACAAAUGCAAGACUGACUGACUGACUGACUGACGGAUACCAAAGACUACAAUUAGAGACUGAGUGACGGAAAGACGAAGACCGAUACUAAUUAUUCCUUUCCUUCUCCUUCUUUCCUGUCUCUUCUAUUAAGAUUCAAGUUUUUAAUAUUUGAUGUCGUUUUGUGAUCCUUCUUUUGUAAAUGCGUGUAACUCUCUUUCUUUAUUUCGUGUUUUUAGCUUUCUCUUUUUCCUCCUUCAUCCUCUUCCUCCUCUUCUUUUUAUUGUUACCACUUCGCUACACUUCCUCCUCCUCCUCUUUCUCCUUAUCAUUUCCUGCUUCUCGUCCUCCUCCUCCUCUUCCUCCUUCUCCUCCUUAUCUCAAACAUGAGUUACCAGUAUUGACUGACCAAAGAGUGUGACUGACUCCCAAAGACACGACCAACCAGGAAAUUGACUUAUUAUGACAUUGUAAAAAUAAGAAAAUAGUGGAAUGAAUGAAAUGUAACUGACUGACGGGCAAUGGGGUGAUGUGACUUGGUUCUGAUUGACAUUAAAACUGACAUGACGAUUGGAAUUUGCUGACUUACUGACGUGAAAUAAUGUUCAUGAUUGAUAUACGAUUUUUUUUCUUUUUUUUUUUUCAAGAUUGGUGUUAAUUUUGUGUUCAGAAUCUUUGUUGAAAAAGAUUGUGUUAUAUUUUAUUUUUCUGUCUACUUGAACUAACUCUAUCUAAUUGGUUGUUCUUGAAAUUGCUGUAAUUAGAUUUUAAACUACUAAGUAUUUAUUGCUAUUUAUUUUGUUAUUUAAUUUUGUAAGGUAUGAAACAAAUGUGUUAAUGUACUUGUUAUUCGUGUGAGUCUAAACAUUUUCUAAAGUUAAGUAUUUAUUGUCUUUUUAUUCUGGAGAAGAGAUAAGAGAAUAUAAAGUCAUUGUGAAAGGUUUUGCAAAUACAUUGCCUAAAUAAAGUCAAGGCUCUCAACAAUGA